AUGGUUCACUCACUGCAGGACAUCUUCACACACAACCUCCAAGCAUCGAACGACCGCGCCGCCCUUGCCUCACAGCUCGACCGACUCACGACGUCACUGCCAGCCGACCCCGAAGAUGCCUCUCACUGGAUCAUUGCGCGCAUGCGUGAUCUCCUCAAAGACCAGCAAGAACACCAAGCCAGCAUAGCAAAUGCCAUCUCGCACCGCUUCAGGAUGACGCCGCGCACGGGCGAGCUGGCCACGGAAGUGUUCGCCAUAUCCGAGUUGCUCGAACAGAUUCUUUUGAAGCUUGACGACAACCAGUCUCUGUUGCUUGCCAAAAAGGUCAACCGCCAGUUCUCAAACGUCAUCGAAGGCUCGCCUGAACUGAAGCGCCAGCUGGGUCUUGAAGCAGAGCGUACCUGCCACUUCAGCAUGCCCAUCGCUUACAUGGCACCAUGGAACGUCCGACCCGAGAACGGCAAGAGUGUGCUCCUAGAGCACUCGAGAAAUCGCAUGUGGGUGUCAUUCGACCUUCCUGGUGCGCUCAAGUUAGGCUCAAAGUGCCACGCGAUGCUCCUCACUCAGCCGCCAGUCAAGAAAGUCCUAGUCGUUGCCCGUUGCUGCAACGGGACGAAGAGUGCGAAGCACAUAGCCAAUGGUAUGAACAGCCACGCAACUGUGACAAUAGACGCGGAACCAGGGUCUUCGGGAAUCACCGUUGGCGAUGUCAACGAUGCCAUCAAGCAGUUCCGCGCUACGCAUCGCCUGUGCCCCAUGGCCAACAUCGAAGACCACGACAAGGAUGGCUUCGUAAAGGUCCGUGUCAAAGUCUUUGCGGCGCUCACCGGUGCAAAGGGAAGGUUGAUCGGCAAGUCACUCAAAGCACAGCAGGAGAGGGCAAAGGAGAAAAAAGGCCUGCCGGGCCAUGGUCAUGUGACGAAUGAGAUGUACGCAUACGCCGUACACAAGCGUGAAGUUUCCUGCGAAGGCCACGCAAUUCCGACGCUAGCUGAGUUCCGAAAGACGCCAAAGCCUGCUCGAGCUCGACGCUCUUCCUUCUCCCCACCAACUUCGGAUGACGGAGGAGAUGGGGGAUGGUGA